AUGUCCCGGUAUGCAGUGGGAAUUAAUAUACCGCGAUCUACCAAAAUGGCACAGAUAACGAUAGAAAAUGAAAACACUUCGCAGAACCGAACAGAAGUGAUGUCGAUUAACAGCAGCGUUGAGCUUAAGGAUGCGCUGGUGGAUGAUACAUGGUUUUGGCAAGGCGAAACGCAUUCAACAAAACCGACUGGAGAGAAGUGGCUGAAGAAGUGGAAAGCUCAAGGAAGUGAACACACUGGUGGAGAUGGGUAUGCUAAGCCGCCUUUCUAUGUACGAUGGUUCCAGUCAUGGCAGGAACGAAAGCUUCUCAAAAGAUUGGUGAGGUUUUUGUUUGAUGGGAUUCAAAUUUUGUUUGUUUGCGACCCUCAAAAUGAUAACAGUCUUCGAACGAUAACAAGAGUUCUUAUCGCCGAAUCGAAAAAUGCCACUCGUGUCAUAUUGCAUCCGACUGAAUCAGGUAUGGACAGUGGUUCUGAGGCGAUCAAUCGUACACAGCAACUAACAUCUCAUAAUGUGUUCUUCAACGAUGACGACGUACCAACACCGUUGAAAGCGCACACUGCCUAUGGAACUUCUGAUUUUAUUCACGCAUCGUAUGUACGUGGUGGACCACUUCUGAAUACGUUUAUUUGCACUCAAGCGCCGAUGAUGUCGACAAUAAAUGACUUUUGGCAGAUGGUUUGGCAGGAACGAUCCAACUAUAUCAUCAUGUUGUGUGGUGCGUUUGAUCCGAGUCGUAUGGGUCCACUCGAUUCAACUAUGCUCAGCGUUUGUCCAUACUAUUGGCCACGGAUGGAGGGUGAGGAAAGACUGUAUGGUGACUUCAUGGUACGAAAUGAGCGUGUCGACGGUGCAAUGGAUCCGCUCUUUAACGUCACUUAUCUGUCAGUGUGGCGUGCAGACGAUACGACUAGAAGAAACGUGCAUUUGCUACAGCAUUGGCAGUAUGACUGGACUGACUUCUCAGAUUCACACUGGCCUCUUCGUGUACUCAGAAGGGCUCGUCUUUCACCAACACCAACCAUUGUGCAAUGUAUGGACGGAUGCGGUCGAUCAGGUACACUGGUCUGUAUUGAAGCGUUGCUGAUGCAUGUGCUUCGUGGAUCAGCAAGAUACGACAAACUCAUCUUAACAACUGCGCUUUUCGUGCGUUUACAGCGUCGUCAUUCGAUAGCCACCCCACUUCAGUACCUCUUCAUCUAUCGAACACUUCUCUACUGGAUGCAGCCGUACAUCACUUCUAUCUCACAGCGAUUCUAUUUAGGUCUGACAUAUCCACAAUGGGGAUUUGUCGGCAAAUACAAUAAACUUGUUGCAAAACAUGCCGCUGGAUCGCAUUAUUAUUUCGCAUAA